UCUAAUUUGUUGUGAAUUGCUGUAUUUUUCUUCAUGCUCAAAGGGAAGGCAGAAAGAACACCAAGAAAAGAAACAUUCCUGUAGUCACUGGGCCAAUUCUCUUCAUCCAUGUACAAAAAGUUUGUAUAGUCUCCUGCCUUGUCGUGUACUGGCCGAGUUUGCUUGCAAAUUGGGCACACAUUGUGUUGUACCGAUUAGGCACUUCCCGUACCCUUUUCCUUUUGAUUCUCGUUGGUACUCGUUGGCCACAAUAUACUGCUAUAGUUGGUGGUGCUGCUACUGCGCGGCGACAAGGAGCAAGGGUGUGGCUGCCCUUACCGGGGCAAAUGCUGCAACACAAUUAAAAGUCGUCGUUGUGGCUGUCCCGGCCCUUGCUGGCCUCUGGGCCCUGGACGCUGGCUGGGCUCAAGAGCUUUAGACUCUGGACUCCGGACUAUGGGUGGUGGAUUAGGGGCGUGUACUUGUUACUGGCUGUUCCCGACCUGACCCGCCAUCCUGUUUCCCUUGUAUGACGGCAACUGCUGUUAGUAUCACUACUGCUCCGUCACACUUAGACAGUUGGCAUUGUGUUGUGUUGUGUGUUGUGCGUUGUGUAGGAGUGCAGUUGCGCAAGCUGCCUCGGGCUGCACACGAGCUUUCUUUCACCUCUUCGCGGGCCCCUGCUGAUCCGUCUGCGGUUAGAUACAACCAAGAGCCUUCCAUCACGUCGCUCAGCUUGGACACCCAGUCUCAGUCGUCUUCGGUAUUGAGCGGUUUCCCAGCGCCUCUACUUAACAACACCGCAGGAUAUUCUCCGGACACUGGGCAUUACUAUCCUCCUCCGGCUUCACAGCUGUUCCCCGCUGGUGCGGUUGAUCCUAGAUCCCGUCUAGGCUCUAACACCUCUGCUACGGGUAUGGCACAUGCCCCUCGCGUCACUGCGUUGCCCAAUCCAGGAUAUACCAGAGACGUCUACGGAGGGGCGCGACCGUCGUUUAUAAGGACGACGGACCACAUAUCUAGAUCUCCUUCGUUCGCGACUCCGCUGCGACGCCAUCCCCUCUCGCCAACACCUAGCCCAAGUAUUGGGUACACCAGCCCGGUAAGGAUGGAGGGAGCUCAUCCAUAUGGCAAGAAUCAGGCGGGAAACACUCCUCCAUUCUCGCCUGUAGUUACCCACGGCGCUUUGGUAUAUGGGGACGCAACAGCCGGAGCCGGCUCACCCAUCAAAGUUGACAUCCAAGCCAUUAUUGACAAGGGAUUCUUUCUCUCGGAUGGAGAAUGGACCUGCUACCGUCGAAAUUACUUCUCGUGCGUCUGCUCCUAUGGCCUGACUCCCCACUACCCUAACGCCAAUAUGCAAUUUAUUGCAAAUGGAUCUACUACCUCCUAUCAAGUGUUCGGGUUUGCGAUGAGUAUCUCGGCUAUGGUAGCCGAAAGCGACUCUCAGAAUAUCGAUCUCGUGCAACACACGCCCAAGAGAGAUAAAGGCCCAACGGCAAAGCCAGAGAAAGUGAAAAUGUUACCCAAGCCUCAUCAGCAAGCGCCGAACCCGUUGGGCAUGUACUCGGAUCAUUCUAUGGCAGGUAGCUCCAGGGCAAUCUAUGAGAGUGGGUAUGGGCAAACUGGACAAGGGCCCUAUGCGACGGAACAUACGUUUGAACGAAUCCAAUUCAAACAGGCUACAGCGAAUAAUGGCAAGCGAAGAGCCGCACAACAGUAUUAUCACUUGCUGGUUGAACUUUACGUUGACGUGGGCUCGCAGAACCCGGGCGAGGGAUAUAUCAAAAUAGCAGAACGAAAAUCAGCAAAGAUGAUUGUUCGCGGUCGUUCUCCAGGACACUAUCAAACGGAGAGAAGGGGCAGUACAAGUAGUGGUCCAGGCGGGUCGAGUGGCAUGGGGAGUUAUUCAAGCUCCCAGGUACUUCCAGGUGACUAUGGGACUGGCUCUUCCAAUCUGCUUUCCAGCGCGUACCAAACAAGCUACGAGCCCCGGUCCGGGCACUAUGGCACAACUCGCCAUCCUGAUAUCGGGUUGGAACCAAUGAUUCCUGCAGAUGAGGCCAAAGCUAUCGAUACAGCUAAGGAGUAUCAGUAUUACCCUUCGACGAUAUAUGAGGGGGUUGAGCCCCGCCACGGCAUUGAAAUGUUUCCCCAUCGCCAUGAGCCAGAUACCAUGAUGUCUGCAACAACUGCUGCUGUCGAUUCAGCAAUGUCGAAAGUGAAGCAUGAGUACGACAAUACCCUUCCAAGCAUCCUAUAUCAGGCCGGUCCUGCGUACUACCCUAGAAAUGGCAACCGGUUUGAGGGCAGACCAACGUCGGCCGGCGUAUACCCUACACCUCUUUCUCAGUCUGGGUGACGGGUCUUUCGAGCGCUGCCAAUUUAUACGCGGAAAAAAAAGAGAUGACUCGAGCUGUGUACGGCGCCAUGUGGAUUUAUGGUG